CCAAAAAUGCAAUAGAGAGAGAGAGAUGGUGUACGUUUAAAGUGGAAAGGAAAAUGGAAAAGAUGGGAAUUUUAGAUAUCUGAGAAGAUGCCAAGCACUUAGUUUUCACAAUGGUUGUUUGAGUAAUUCCAGUGAUCAAAGAUGCAUCCUGAUGACCACUCCAGUCUUUUCCUGUCACCAUCUGAUUUGGGUUUGCACGCGCCAAGAAACAAGUAGGGGGUUUCUCCUUGGGAACAGCAAGCCUACCCUUUCCACCAUUAGAUGUCAGCUAAAGGUUCAGUCUCAACCAACCAUCUUCCAUUUUCUUUUUAUUUCUGGCCAAGCAAGCUCUUACUAUCCGUCAGUUCCUGACCUUGAUCACGCCAGGGAUCUCCUCUUCCGGCCUCUGGUCUCAAGCAUCACUUCGCCCCUCUUAGGUCUUUUUCUUCUCUUGCAUAAAGUAGCCUCCCAAAACUCCCUUCAUCCGCCAUGGAAACAGCAGCAAAUCCUUCUCCCAGCCGCUACGAAGCCCAAAAACGCCGUGAUUGGAACACCUUCAGUCAGUACCUAAACAACCACCGCCCCCCUCUUCCCCUCCCCCGCUGCAACGGCGCUCACGUCCUCGACUUCCUCCGCUACUUAGACCAGUUCGGCAAAACCAAAGUCCACAUCCCCACCUGCCCUUUUCACGGCCUUCCAAACCCUCCCGCUCCCUGUCCUUGCCCUGUCCGUCAAGCUUGGGGCAGCCUCGACGCACUUAUCGGCCGCCUUCGCGCCGCCUUCGAGGAGAACGGAGGACGCCCUGAGUCCAACCCUUUUGGAGCCCGCGCCGUGCGGAUUUAUCUACGAGAAGUGCGGGAGAUGCAGGCGAAGGCUAGGGGGAUCAGCUAUGAUAAAAAGAAGCGUCGCAAAACAAGUGGCGCUGCGCUGAGUUAAUGGUACGCAUGUGGUUUUGAUAUGUUGUGGUAAGUAUACUGGCAUGGACAAGUUGUGCACUGUGGAUUUUAUGUUGUUUGUGGGAUCUGUUUAUAUUUUAUUUAUUUUUGUGGUGGAAGGAUGGAGUUGAGAAUGUGUCAGCUUUGCUUUUAGUUUCAGUAGGUUUCAUUUUU